GUUCAUAUGAUCUUGUAGUGAUCAACAUGGAGACUGUAGACAUACAAGCAGUAGAAUCGAAAUUGAGCGAUGUGACUGUAACCGCAAUUCCGAUGGUACCGAAGUCCGGCCAAAACCAACAACCGGGCCAGUCGAAGUACGCGCAACUUUUGGGCGUGAUCGAAGAAAUGGGACGCGAGGUCAGACCUACUUAUGCGGGCAGUCGAAGUUCUGCAGAGAGAUUAAAACGAGGAAUCGUUCACGCUAGGAUUUUAGUUCGAGAAUGCUUAAUAGAAACGGAACGGAGUGCUCGACAGUAACUGUUAAAGCGAGUAUUAAAUAAAUCGGGUUAUUUUAUAGUACAAAAGUGUGUUACGAAGAAACUUGUUAAUUUAGUUUGCACUCUGAGCCUAUUCGGAUGAAUGGGCUAAGUGUAGGUUUUAGUAAAAUCAAAGUAAAUAUGUUAAUGUUAUAGUCUAAUUACUCAGGUGUCUUACAAAUACGGAUCAUAUUUUUACAACUGUAUAAAAGUAUAAAUUUUGUAUAAAUCUACUGUAGUAUGUACCAAAUCACUUAAAGGCAAUUGUGAUUAGAUAAUAAAUGAUAGUUUUUUAAA